AUGGUGCGGUCGAAGCAGGCGGCGGCCGGUGGGGCCGCGCGGCGGGUCCCCCGGGAGCGCGUGAAAAAGCUGCGUAAAACGCCUGAUUCUGUAGAAAAACGACUUCCAAAGCGUUUCGCGCAGCGAGCUGCGCCGCUCUGGCAGAAGCUCCGUUCCUCCUCGAAGCUUUCGCCUCGUUUUUUGCCUGCCUCGUCGAUCCUGAGGUUGCUCCGGGGGGUUCCUGGUUUCCGGAGAGGCUUCAGGGUCCAGGCGGCCGCCGUCGCGGCUCUGCAGGUGGGCUGUGAGGCGCAUUUACUGACCUUGCUCGACGAUUGGGGGCAGUGCGCUCUGCACGCCAGGCGAGCCGUGGUUCAGGCUGCUGAUGUGAAGCUUGUGAGGUUCCUGCGAGGGCAGAGAAGCUGA